AUAAAUUUCGUCAGCACCAUAGAUUACAGAAGUUACAACUAACCUCAAUUUAGUGACGUAGGCAAGUCAACGAGGCUGUUUACAUAACAAAAUACUUUUUAAGGAUUAUUGCCCUUCUAAAGGGUGUUUAGUGUGGGAGUUUGCAAGUCUCUAACUAUGGCUUCCCUGCUAAGUAGAACUGGAUACAUACGGCAAUGUUGUGCAGUCCUAAAGGGGUCGCCCAGUAUUUCCACAUCGUCAGUGCUUCAAAAGGAUGCUCCACUGAAGGAUACUGACACGUUGCUCAAACCCGAGGAGAUUGAACAAAAGAACAAACUCAAAGGUUACAUAACUGUGGAAGGGCCCACGGAACUAUCGCUUGUGAGUGGCAUCCCAGAGGAACAACUUAAAACACGCAAAGUGCGCAUCUACGAGCCACCCAAAAACUGCAUGCAAAGUGGCACUAAUAACAUUGGCCACUGGGAAAUGGAUUUCGAUGCUAAGGAACGCUGGGAAAAUCCACUGAUGGGAUGGUGUUCCACAGGCGAUCCACUGUCGAACCUAAAAGUGCAGUUUGCAACUAGAGAGGAAGCAGUGGAAUACUGCGAGAAAAACGGAUGGGAUUGGUACAUCCAAAGCAGCAAAUUGGACAAACCGUUCAAGCCAAAGUCAUACGCUGUUAACUUUGCUUGGAACAAACGUACCAGAGUUUCAACUAAGUAGCUUCAAAUGUUAAUUUUGUUGUUAACUAGAAUGUUUUAAUUGAAGCAAUAGAAGUCUCCAAGUUGCAAAAGCACGUUCUCAUUCAAAAAGCUUAAUAUAGCUCAAACUGUGAAUUUAGGGCGCAAUAAAUAUAACAUCGAAAAUAA